GUAGCUCCCACUGUGUCGGAUAGUGUCAUACAGGAUAUUGUUACUGCUGCUAGAUUCGGAGAUUUAGAAGACUUGCAAUCAAUACAACAGUCACAUUUACUUUCCACAAAGUUUCUCUGUCAUGCUCGCUCCACUUUUGGAAACAAUACCGCUUUGCAUAUGGCUUCUGCCAAUGGUCAUUUAAAUGUCGUCACUUUUCUUACAACCGAUAUGGCUGGACCUUGCGAUAUUGACAUGACUAACGACGAGGGUUCUACUUCUUUGCACUGGGCUGCAUUAAAUGGUCACAUUGAUAUCGUUAAGCGAUUGCUGGAAUGCGGUGCUAGUGCUACACUCAAAAACACAGCUGGAAAAAGCCCUAUAACUGUUGCUGCCCAGGCUGAUCAUAUCGAUGUGAUGGAUUUAUUGUUGAAAAGCUUCAAUCCAGACGAAGAUGAAGAC